AUAUGAUUAAAAUUAAAUAUUUAUUAUUAACGAAAAAGAAAUAAACGAAUUUUCUGUCUCUCACGAGAGAACUUUUCCCCGAAGAGGACGAAGAAGAAGACGAGGUUUUCUCCAGAGAGACGCCACCGUCGUUAACGGAGCUAGAGGCGGUGAAAUAUCGUAACGGAGUGUAUACACGUGCAUACAAAGAGGGGAGAUGCUAGUGCGCAUCGGUUUUAGCUCGCUUGACCUAGGGUUUCGUCUUCUUGCGUAUCGGUGGACCUUGUCAAAUGGGAGAUAGAUCCUUUUUGCCUCCUAAGGGUGUUCAACGUUGUUGGGGUUUUGGUACGUGAAGCAGUAUGGCGCUCGAGGAUUUCUUUACCCUGACGGAGUUAAGAGAUGGACUCACUGUCACUUCUCGUGUCCAAGAGCUCGUGUCUGUCAUGCAGAGUAACAAAGACUCUGUUUUGAAGGAUGCUGGCGAUGCUUCUAGACAAUGGACAGCUGUUGCAAGCACGAUCGCGGUCACGAAGAACAGAGAGUGUCUUGAUGUUUUUGUAAAUUUAGAUGGAGUUCGUUACUUUGGUAGCUGGUUGGCAGAAGCGCAGACGCUGGGUAACGAAUCGGUUGAUAAGUCUGUAGACGAGUCGAUUCUUGCUUUGUUAGAAGCUGUUGAAAACAUAGGUGUAGAUGGUUCGAGGUUAGUUUCUUCUGGGAUAUGGGUUGCUGUCAAGAAACUUGUUGACCAUGGUAGUUCUCGUGUUCAGGAUCAGGCGAGAAAGCUCUUUGAUAGUUGGAAGGAUAAAGUAGUUAAUGACCAUUCUGAACGUGACAUUGAAAGCUGUAGCAAAGCUCAUGACGAUGAGAUGAGAGUUGUAGCAGUAAGCAUGGAGAUCAGUGGGCUAAAAUCAGGUGUUACUCUUUGCUCAACGCAAAGUAGUAAAGAAAAACAGUGUCCUGAAAUAACAGAUGAAGCCUUACCGUCAGGAACCUCAGGAGAAAACAACUCAGAUCAGGAUAAGGGUUUGGAACUGCAGAAUGACAAGGUUGGGUCAGCCUCGAACGUGAAUUCUCACCGCUCUAAUAUGAUGACUGAGACUUUGAAUGAAUCAUCCACCGAUGUUAUUAUGAAAGAUGUUCAAGACAAUCUUUCACCGAAGGGAAAAGGCUCCAUGAGAGAGACUAUUGUGCCUACUGUCUCUAGUAGCCUUCUUAGCUCAGAACGUGGUAGUGUUGAGGGCGCAUCAAAUGCUCCGCUGGGUGCUGAGAUAUCCAAGGAGAAGCAUUUGGGAAUCUAUGGAGAUUUUCCUGAAAAAAUGGGUGGAGCUGUAGCAGUGUCAUCUAGUUCAGCAGGACAUGUAGCUGCGUCUUCUGAUUCUGUUAUUGCCAGUAUGGAGUUGGAGAAAAAUGAAGUGAGAAGGAAUGCGUCUGAGACAAUAUAUGGGUCUGACGAUGCGAGUCUUGCCCAUAGUAGCAAACAUGUGCCUUCAUUGGCUCAUGUGAGGGACAAUCAGGAUUCCGACAAUUCAUCAAGAUUAUCAGGUGGUCAUGGUAGAAAUGAUAAACUUGAGAGUGACAGUAUGACGACUGCUCAUGCUGAGAAUGAAGACAAGAAAGAUGGUAAGGACCAUUUAGACAUAAAGAAAAAAGUAAAACGGAAAAAAAACCGCAGGUCUUCUAGAUCAAUGACCAUAUCCCAGCGCCUUGGAGCAAUCGACAAAACAACGGCUGAUAUUGACCUUGGUAUUUUGGAUGCCUUGGAGGUCGCUACCAAAGUCGCACAGGAAGUGGCAAGAGAAGUGGACUCUGGGGAAGCUUCUCAAAGUUCUUCUGACGAAGAACUAUCUGAUGAAAGCGGGCAGUCUGGUUCGCAAGACUCCCACGAUGAUGAGCUACACACGGGUUCUCCAUCUAAGGGACUAUCAAUGGGUGAAAGCCAUUCCAUUGAAGAACCGCAUGUUGGAGAUGAAGAUGUAAUGGAUGAGAAGAAUGACAAACUUGAGAAUGGGAUGAUGAACACUGAUGAUGUUAAAGAGAAGCACCUGGCAGUAGCUGCUAAAUCCGAAGUAGGGAGAGAGAAUAGUCCAUGUGGCUUUGACCUCAAUGAAGAUAUUUGUCCUGAUGAAACAGAUGUCGUUAUGUCUAUUUCAGAAUCUGGUAUGCCUGCAGCGUCACCAUUGCAGUUAGAAAGAUCUCUUAGCGCGAAAGGAUCGGGUGCUCCUAGAGGGGAUUCAAGAGAUAAGCAGGCGUUAUGUAUCGAUCUGAAUGUAGCUGAGGUAGGAGAUGAUCAAGUUGAAGAUCAAACUCCCUGGAAACAGUUUCCUUUCUCCUCAUCAAACUCUAGGGAUGGAGAAUCGUCACACGAACCUAAUCUCCGGGGAUCAAGCAGGUUCAACCUGGAUUUGAAUUGUGCAAACGAGGACGAUGACAUGCCUCCACCUUCUGAGGUGAAGAUGGAAACGAGAUUGUUUCUUAGUCGCAAUAGUCAGCAAAGUGCCUCUCCUGUCUCCUCAUUGUCAGUUGCUCAGCAAUCAGGGAAGGAAGUAAACUUUGACUUGAAUGACAGGCCACAGUUUUUCAUUGAGUCACGUGAUCAGGGUCCCUACUAUGGGCAGCACCCAUGGAGCACAGUCCCCUAUGGAGGUGAAAAAUUGGAUGAACCGGUUAUGUCCCUAUUGGGUACAAAAGUGGACUUUGACAGAAAAGACUCUGUAUCCCAGAUGCCUUCGUUCUUGUCCAAUGGCAAGUCCCUCGAGCCAGCAGUAGGAUUAUUCAUGGGAAGAACGGGAAGCUCUUUGGGUUUAGCCCCUGGUGUGUCCUUUUCUCCAGCCCCUACUUAUGGGUACAACGGAUUCACUGGUCCUCCUCCUGGUAUGUCAAUGUCACCAUCGCCCAUGUAUGUUCCUGGAACAGCUAUCCCAUACAUGGUGGACGCAAGGGGCACGCCAGUGAUGAUGCCUCAGAUGAUGGGAUCGGCUCCAUAUGCGCAGCCACCAUUCCCUCAACAGCACAUGUUCAUGAGCUUAGCGGGUGGAUCUCCUAGUCUGAAUGGAUCAGUGCGGCCACAGUUUGAUCAGAGCUCUGGGUUUGGGGUUGAGAUGGGAAACAGAGAGUCGCUAAGUUUGAGGCAGUUUCUAUCACCGGGGAAUAUGGGAGAGCAUUCACGAGCAAGCGUAGAGCCUUCAUCGAGUUUGUCUAUUGGCAUUGGUGGAAAGCGGAAAGAGCCGGAGACACCACGUUGGGAGUUCCCUCCUCCAUGGAGGUGAGUGGAGUUUGGGUUCUUCAAUAGGUUGAUUGGUCAGAGAAUGACAUAAGUGUUGGGAGGUAACUUAUAAUUUGUCUUGAUGAACUUUCGCUUUCUUCUUUUUCUUACCCCAUCAGUUUUCCCCGUUUAUUCAGGUUUUUAUUUGAUAACAUAUAUAUAGGAGGAUUUUAGUACAAACAUUGGUAUAUGUCAAAACAUUUUGUUAACCUUGUUGGGUAUUUUCUCCAUAAAAUAAAAUUUAUAAUAAA